AUGUUGAACAACGUUAGCUCUGAGUGCUUGCCUGCCUGUGAAGUGACGUGCACGCAGCCAUGUGCCUACAGCAGAAACCUUGAGCCCUGUGUGACAUCGUGUGGGGAUUCCAGAGCCAUGGUGUACGCCCCGCCGGUUGUCCUCACCUUCCCAGGACCGACUCUCAGCAGCUGCUCUCAGGAGAGCAUUGUGGGAACAUCGCUUCCCCAGCCCUAUGGAGCUUUGACCCCAUACAGCUCUGAUGAUUCCUAUGGGAUGGGGGGUUCCUUUGGUUCUGGGGGCAUGUCAGGGACAGGGGGCUUGUUUGGAUCUGGGGCCUCCUUUGGGUAUGGCGGCUCCUCAGGAAUUGGGGGUUCCUUUGGCUCUGGGGGCUCCUUUGUUUCUGGGGGCAUGUCAGGGAUGGGGAGUUCCUUUGGUUCUGGGGGAUCCUUUGGGUAUGGAGGUAUGUUGGGGAUGAGGGGUUCCUUUGGAUCUGGGGGUUCCUUUGGGUAUGGAGGCUCCUUGGGGAUGGGGGGCUGUUACAGCAGGCGGUCCUAUAGCAGCAGCCGUGCAUCCCGCCUUGGAAACUGUGGCUCAUUCUAA